UUGGGGGAAAAAGCAACAUCACAUCACCGUGAAAAAAUAGGGAAAAAUGUGGUUUUCGGGCAAGUAGGUGCUAGGAGGUGAGCAGGGAAGUGGAAAAUCGAAUGAAAAUUCGUUGAAACGCACAAACCCGAUAUGAAAUAGCUGAAAUUGCUUUCGUAUUUCGUAUUGGUACGAGUAUCGUCGCACCAAGAAGCAAAAACAGCGACAGAGACACAGACACAGAGGCAUAGGCAGUGGCUGAGUGGAAGCAAGAAGUCGAGGCAGAUGACCGAUGCAGAAGUAAAAUCUACGUGCAAAUUCGACAAACAGAGCUAAGAUAGCAGUUGGGGCAGAUAUAUUGCCGCAAACAGUUCUAAUUAUACAACAGCCGUAGUGUGUUCCACGACCCCCCCCCCUCCCGAAGAACGAAACUGGUUAUACACACAGCAACGACGACGGACGACGAAGGAACGGGAGCAGCAGCAGCAGCAGCAGCGAAAGGCAGUUCGGCGCAGCGGAGAGUGAGGGCACUCGCGACUGCUGUUCGAUGGACAAAAUCAAAUCAAAGGUUAUUGGCGUGCUGCGCGAACGCGACGGAGGCACGAAUGUCAAUCGAAGCGGCGGCGGUGUCGGCAUCGGCAUCUCCAAUGGCAACGCCAAUGGCGGCAGCGGCGUUGGCAGUCAUCAGGUGGGCGUGGGCGUGGCCGCUGCAAUUGGGGUCACGCAGGACAAUGGCAAUGGCAAUGGCAACGAAGGCAACGCCCCUGGACCAGAGCGAAGCGAUGGACAUGCGAACAGCAGUGCACUGGCACCUGGAACCACCGGAGUGGGUGGGGCGGCACGCACAUCGGUGCUGUCGCGACCCCAGACAUCGAAAAUCAGCGCUCUCGACCUGGCCGGCAUAUUGAACACUCGGCGGCGCCUAGAGUGGACCAAGGAGUGGCUGCGCAAGAACCAGGCCGAGUUCCUAAGCAAGGAGAAUCUGCUGAACGAGCUGCAGUCGCGCAAGGACGAGUGCUAUCACUUGAAUUACUUCCUCGCCAUAACCGAGAGCCAAUUCCGCUACCUAGUGCAGAAGCUGGAGCCGAUCAUCAGUCAGUAUGCGCCACAGCGGAAGAAGAAAUCGUUCAGCGCCGAGGAGCGUCUGGCCAUAACGCUCAAGUAUUUGGCAACGGGUGAAGUGCAUUCUUGUCGAAACUACUGCUUCCGUGCCUCGAAAUUUGUGAUAAACGAAAUGAUUGCCAAUAUCUGUCUGGGCUUCUACGAGCACCUCAAGGACCAAUACGUGACACUACCAAAGACUGAUGAGCAGUGGCGCAAUGCGGCCACGGACAUGGAGCGCAAGCACAGCCUACCCCAGUGCGUGGGUAACCUCUUCAUGCGCAGCAUUCAGCUGCAGAGCAAUGUGGCCAGCAGUACCACUAAUGGGGACGACCGCAAGCGGGCCACCGUCAUCUUCACGGGCAUCGUGGAUGCCGACAACAAUUUCCAGUAUGCGAAGGUGGAGCGAGCGGCAAACAGUCGCCCCAACGAUAUAUACAACCAGACCACUGCCGUGGAGCUGAUCGAGCACAAGAUGCACGCCCUGGAGGCGCAGUCAAAGCAUCGUAAUGGCUACUACUUUGUCGGGGACUCUGUGCUGCCAGCCACCUCAUACUUGGUCACCACACGUAACUGGCCAAGGGACCGGUCAGUGCUCGACGCUCUCGAGCAGGUCAAUGCUCACGCGGACCAGACCAUGCGGAUUCUCUGCAACAUGUUCCCCAUUUUGGCGCAGCCUCUGCGCGUUAGCGACAAGCAUAUCCGCGAAGUGGUUCUCGGGUGCGUGGCGCUGUACAAUUUCCUGCGCAAGUCGGACGACUCUUUCCGCCGCAACAGCGACAGCAUCGUGCAGCAGAAGCGCGGAGCGGAGCAGCAGCAGCUGGCGUAUGCGGACAGCGAGGAGAUCGACGAUGACUGCAUCAUGCUGGCCACCGAGGAGGAGUUGCGUGAGCGGGCCGAGUUCACGCCCAGCGUUGGCCUGACCACCUGUUUCCAGACCCUGUGCGCGCAGCGUGGCGAGACGGCCGAGGGCCUGGCCAAGCGGGAAUGGCUGCUACAGCUGCCACUGUCCAGUGGCGAACAAAAUGGGACUGCGAAUGAGAACGAGAAUGAGAAUGAGAAUGGGAACGUGAGCGGGAGUGCUGCCAAUACCAACGGAAGCGGCAGCGAGAACGGGAGUUUAUAUUAGAGCAAUUUACCUAAGUACUAAGUUUACGAAUUUUGUAUAGUUCCUUGUUUUAUAUUUUGUAAUCUAUACUCUGUAACUGCAUCGGCCGAAAAGUCGCCGACUAUUGUUUACCUCUUGUUUAGCGCAUUCUUCUUCUGCAUACCAUACGAUUACCAUUACGAUUACCUGCGCUGUUCUACCUUCGUUCGUUCGUUGGUUCGUUCGUUCUGUGCUUCUCCUAGGGUCUGUAUAGUUAGCUUAGUUUCUUAUGGAAGUUCAGGUUCAGUGAAUGACGCUAUGUGAUGUCUCAAAUCUCUAUUGUGGCCCAGUGCUCCUGGGGAGCUUAGCAAUGCGGCAACAACCAGAUUGUCGCGCGAACAGCGGUGUGAAAGUCGAAAUUCGAUUAAAUAAAACGGAAACAGAUCAACAAAAUUAAAAUUUUAGUAUUCGUAUUUAAGCAAGCAACAAAUUAUACAUAAUUAUAUUUACAAUAAAUGUGUAAGGAAUGGU